CGGUCUGCCCGACUUCGCCGGCCUGGAGGGGCGAAGAAGACGAGGAGGCGGAGGCUUCCUCCCGGGUCAGUGGUUCUCUGGAUUACCAGGAAUCGGUAGUUGACAUUGAGGCCAAGCUAAGGAUGGAAGGUGUGGAACUUAAGGAAGAAUGGCAAGAUGAAGACUUUCCAAUACCCUUACCAGAGGAUGACAGCAUUGAAGCAGAUAUAUUAACUGUUCCAGGACCAGAUCACCAGCCAGACCCACUAGAAGUAAAUGGAAAUAAAGUAAGAAAAAAAUUAAUGGCUCCAGAUAUUAGCUUAACACUGGAUCGGAGUGAUGGUUCCAUAUUAUCAGAUGAUUUGGAUGAAAGUGGAGAGAUUGACUUGGAUGGGUUAGAUACACCAUCUGAGAACAGUAAUGAAUUUGAAUGGGAAGAUGAUCUUCCAAAACCCAAAACUACUGAAGUGAUUAGGAAAGGAUCAAUUACUGAAUAUACAGCAGCAGAGGAAAAGGAAGAUGGACGACGCUGGCGUAUGUUCAGAAUUGGAGAACAGGACCACAGGGUUGACAUGAAGGCAAUUGAACCCUAUAAAAAAGUUAUCAGUCAUGGUGGUUAUUACGGAGAUGGAUUAAAUGCAAUUGUAGUGUUUGCUGUCUGCUUUAUGCCCGAAAGUGGUCAACCUAAUUAUCGCUAUUUAAUGGACAAUCUGUUUAAAUACGUUAUUGGCACUUUGGAGCUAUUAGUAGCAGAGAACUACAUGAUAGUUUAUUUAAAUGGUGCUACAACACGGAGAAAAAUGCCAAGUCUGGGAUGGCUCAGGAAAUGUUAUCAGCAGAUCGAUAGAAGGUUACGGAAAAACCUAAAGUCUUUGAUAAUAGUUCACCCUUCUUGGUUUAUUCGAACUCUUCUAGCAAUUACAAGGCCUUUUAUUAGCUCAAAAUUCAGCCAAAAAAUUAAAUACGUCUUUAACCUGGCAGAACUAGCAGAACUUGUCCCCAUGGAAUAUGUUGGCAUACCAGAAUGCAUAAAACAGUAUGAAGAAGAAAAGUUAAAAAAGAAACAAAAAAGAGUUGACCAGGAAUUGAAUGGGAAACAAGAAGAACAGAAGAGUGAACAGUAAACUUGGAGUCUAAACAAAAGACUUGAGAAUGGGCAGAUGAAAAGAUGUGAUGCUCUUUUGCAUUAUAGUGCAUUUGUUGGCCCUUAGUUCUGUGUAUCUGUUACAACAUUGACUUGAUUUUCCUUAAUGGACUUUGUGUAAGGAACUGUUCACUGCUGUAUUGGUUUGCAAAUAUUUUGAAUUUAACUCUAUAAUAGCUACUUUAAUAUUAUAUUAUAAUCAUUUUGUAUUUUAUAUUGCUUAAUGUAAGAGAACCACACUUUUUUAUGAGACAUUUUUGCAUUUGUUUUAUCUAAAUGAUGCAUGUUCUUCAGUAAAAUAUUUAUAUGCGUAAAAUGGUAAAGGAAAGAGAUAAUAUAUAUUUUUAUGAUUUUUUUUGAACAAUAUUUUAUAAUAUUGUGUGCCUGCAUUAUGGAAUAAGAUGCAGGUGAAUAAGGCCAUAUAAAUGACUCUGAAGUCAUUAUUUUGUAAAAUGCAUGAUGGGAUUUUUGUUUUUGUAAAGGGGUUAAGCACAUUUCUUAUGACUUUAGAAAAUUAAUUUGUUUUUAUGUAUUGCAAGCUGGUUAGACCAGUUAUUAUAAUACAUGAAGACUGUUCAUAAUUCAUGUAUUGGAUACAUAUAGAAUAAUUAGUACUGCCAUGACAAGCUUUCCCCCAUGAUGUACAUUUUUUUCCCCUCUCAUUAUGAAAGUACAACUACACAAUGCAUUGUACACUUUUUAAACAAGUCGAAAAGUCAUUUUGUGAACUGAAUAAUUGAAGGGACUAGGAAUUGGUGGGUGUGCUUAUGUGUGUAUGUAUUAUGUAUGUAUACAUAUAACCUUUCAACUUCUAGCCACAGGUAAGAACUUUUCACAUCUUAGGAUUGUUCACAAAUGUAAAAAUGAGUUGCUUGUCCAGGUUAUCAUUCUUCUGGAUCUCUGAGUAUUAGAUAGCACUGCAGAAAAUUUGGCAAGCUGUACGCUGUCACUCUGUUCCAUAGAAAGCAAAAGCUUACUUUUUUUUUUUACUUAUACCAUCAAAGUAGGCACUUUUUAAAAAAAGAACUAUUUACUUCUUUAUCAUGUCAUUUUUAAGAACUAGGUUUUUUACAUAGUUCAUUGAAAGUUUAUUUUUUCCCAUGCUCAGUCAUGUUUUACAAUAUAAUAGCUUGGACUGUAAAUCUAAGUAACAUUAAAUUGUGCUGUUGUCAACUAA